CAAUGUAAUGUAGCUAUUCAGCUAGCCAGCCAGGGAUGUAUGAGUCCCACAGAAUAAACGCCAAAUAAUAUCAAACACGGUUGCUAUCGAGCUAACUAUACAUCGUUUUUGCUCUUCACAAAUAACGUUUCAGCCACUGGUGAACUUGAAUCCGGCAAGGAUAAUGACAGAGACAUAUGAUUUCCUUUUCAAGUUCUUGGUGAUUGGAAGUGCUGGAUCAGGGAAAUCAUGUAUACUCCACCAGUUCAUAGAGAACAAGUUCAAGCAGGACUCCAGCCACACCAUCGGGGUGGAGUUUGGCUCCCGUGUGGUGAUGGUGGCUGGCAAGACGGUCAAACUGCAGAUCUGGGACACAGCUGGGCAGGAGCGAUUCAGGUCUGUGACGCGCAGCUACUACAGAGGAGCAGCAGGGGCUCUCCUGGUUUAUGACAUCACCAGUCGGGAAACCUACAACGCGCUAACGAACUGGCUGACGGACGCUCGGACGCUGGCCAGUCCCAACAUCGUCAUCAUCCUCUGCGGGAACAAGAAGGACCUGGAGGCCGAGCGAGAGGUCACUUUCCUGGAGGCGUCCCGCUUCGCCCAGGAGAACGAGCUGAUGUUCCUGGAGACGAGCGCGCUCACCGGGGAGAACGUGGAGGAGGCCUUCCUCAAAUGCGCCCGCACCAUCCUCAACAAGAUCGAAUCAGGUGAGCUGGACCCAGAGAGGAUGGGCUCGGGGAUCCAGUAUGGAGACACGACGGUGAGACACCUGCGCCAGUCGCCGCAGGGAGCCUCGGCACAGGCCAGGGAGCAGUGCAACUGUUAGGAAGGUUAACAGUCCCCCUCCCCAAGAUACACACUGCCUCAGUUUUCAGACUCCCGCAGAGCCUGGUGUGCAGCUCUGCUACCGUUGUCUCCUCGCGCUCCGGCCUAAGGAGGAUUGCCUCCGUAACCUUUGACCCCCCCUGCCACUGAACGACGGUUGGGGAAACCCCGUGUGGGCCUGUUGGCUAGAUAAGCAUGGUGAUCGGGAGCUGUGGUGGACAUGGCGCCUGGGUCAGGUCACUGAGGCACUCUCCUCCUGGCCCUUUCUCACUCUGCUCUGGGUUGCCCUGGGGACGACAAAUGACAUAAACGCCCAGCCAAUUAGAGCUCGGCCCACAGACACUUACAGUACAUCAGGAGUUUGAUUUGUUGUUUUUGCUCCCUGCGCUCACCUCAUAGGCCCCGGUGAGGAGGGUUGGUACUGGAGAGAUGGGGAUCGUCUCUGAAGGCAGAGGCAGGGAGCACUAAGUCUAUCACAGGAUGUGACCCGAGAGUGCAGUCUAUUUAUUGAUCCUGCUGAGAAAACUGUGCGAUAAUGUAGAUAUAAAUCCAACAGAAGUAUACAGUAACAUAUGUGAUAUUGAUGUCAGAUAUUUUAAAAAGGCUUCAUAGAGAAGCAGACUUGUGUAGCUAAUAUAGUCCCAAGAAACAUAAUCCAGAGGGCCUACUACCACUACAGCGUGGUAUGAAUAUAUGUGUCAACUGACUGAGAUCAGUUUGGGUCAUGCUUAAAUCAUAUGAAUCUGUGUUUACUGACUGAACAUUUUCAUUGUAAGCAAUGUCUAUUAUAUAUAAAGUACAAAGUGUGCAAUCGAUUUGAUGGCCAUUGCUAAACUGAUAUUAGGGCAAGCGCGUGCUGUACUGUGUCUUCACGUGGAGGGUAUUGUUCAGUGACUGUUGAAGCAUUAUUAAGGCCAUGUGUGUAAAUUAUACAAUAGAUGCAUAUUGAAUGAUGGUAUAGUGAUGCACUCCAAUGGUUGAGUUGACUACAGUGUGUAGUCACUGUAAAGCACAAUAAUGAAUAAUUCAUAUUUAAGACAUUUCAUAUAAUAACAUUUUUCAAAUGUGUUUGUGAGUAUGUUUUUGUUAGAUGCAUAUAUCUGGACUAUGAUCUAACAUGUGACCUGCCUAUCUGUGAAAUGCAUCAGUGUGUGUAGUAGAUGUAACUUCAUGAUGCUGAACUGGUAAACUGCCACUGAAAGUCUGUGAUAUAGAAUUAAAUAUAAUAAUAAAAAAAUA